UCUGCCUGCACUGGCUCAGCACGCUCUACUCUCUCUCUGCCUCAUCCGUCCCUGUUUAUUGAGCCACCAUCCUCACACAUGCUCCUAUACCUGCUGCUACCACUUUAUCUUUCCCCCCGGGGGCUUUUCUAGGGAGCAUUAUUUAUUUGAACUUUUUACUUCCUGCCUCCUACUUUUCUUCAGAUUGGAAAAAAACGACAGAAAUGAAGUGGGAUUGUUUUUUUUUUUUUUACCUUAGAGUAACAGCAGCAGCAGCAGCAGCACAUAUUUGAAGCUUUUCUUGGACAGCCUAAAGGAUUGAAAAGGGAAAGAAGGAACGCCCAACAAGGACUUUUUUUUUUCCUUCCCUCCUCAAGGGUUUUUUUUGAGGUUUUUUUUCCAGAUAAAUGAUGAUAAAUGAGAAGCUCGAGCGUUGAGAAUCAAACAAAUGCAAAUCAUGAACACCUCUGACUUUCAUGGAUUGAUCCAAGGCUACCUGAACCGGAGCCUCACCUCUGGGACUCUAACGCUCAACAAAGACUCGCCACCGGAGGAUAAAGACUCGUCUGCUGGAUGUUACGAACAGCUGCUGAUUUCCACCGAGGUUUUCCUCACUCUGGGAAUCAUCAGCCUGCUGGAGAACAUCAUGGUCGUCGCUGCCAUAGUCAAAAACAAGAACCUGCACUCACCUAUGUACUUCUUUAUCUGCAGCCUCGCCGUUGCUGACAUGCUUGUGAGUGCGUCCAACGCCUCGGAGACGAUCGUGAUCGCGCUCAUAAACGGCGGCAACCUGACGAUCCCCGUGACGCUGAUCAAAAGCAUGGACAACGUGUUUGACUCCAUGAUCUGCAGCUCUCUGUUAGCAUCGAUUUGCAGCCUGCUAGCCAUUGCCAUAGAUCGUUACAUCACUAUUUUCUACGCACUCCGGUAUCACAACAUUGUCACGCUGCGGCGAGCGACCCUGGUCAUCAGCAGCAUUUGGACGUGCUGCAUCGUCUCCGGCAUCCUCUUCAUCAUCUACUCGGAGAGCACCACCGUGCUCAUCUGCCUCAUCACCAUGUUUUUCACCAUGCUGGUGCUCAUGGCGUCGCUCUACGUCCACAUGUUCCUGCUGGCGCGUCUCCACAUGAAGCGCAUCGCGGCGCUCCCGGGGAACGCGCCGAUCCACCAGCGGGCCAACAUGAAGGGCGCCAUCACCCUCACCAUCCUCCUCGGGGUGUUCGUGGUGUGCUGGGCGCCCUUUUUCCUCCACCUCAUCCUCAUGAUCUCCUGCCCGAAGAACCCCUACUGCACCUGCUUCAUGUCCCACUUCAACAUGUACCUCAUCCUCAUCAUGUGCAACUCGGUCAUCGACCCCAUCAUCUACGCCUUUCGCAGCCAGGAGAUGAGGAAGACCUUCAAGGAGAUUUUCUGCUGCUCGCACGCGCUCCUGUGUGUGUGAGCUGCAUCUCGAGUGUCUUGAAACGCCACUCAGAAAAUGCUACUUGGCAGGAAGAGAACUUUGAGGUUUUUGAACUGUAAUCACUGUAGAACGAUGUGGCUCUGUUUCACCCUCAGAGCGAGCAGUUUAAGAGACGUGCUGUGAUUUCAUGAGUCAGGUUACUGAAGAGGUAGGUUUACACCCCCCCCCCCCCCUUGUAAGAUAGAGUACUGCUUUGCAGAAAAAUGCUAUUUUGUUUGGUAGUCCAAAACCAGUCUACAGUGCAAUUUCUUGUCGGUGUAACCAGCAUGAAUUUUAAUGGAUACUCGCGCACAGACAUUUAUGUUUCUCAAACUGAAAUCACAUCAAUCUGACUACAACAUGUUAUGUUGUUCACUGUGAAAAAACAACAUGUAAAUAUGCUAAUCUUCACGUCUCAUCUUGGAUCAUGCCACGUGAAUGUCAACAGCAGCUGCAAUCCUAGAACUGAAAUGCCACAGUGCAUAAAGUCCCUGAAUGACACACUGGAUAUAUGAAAAAGGGGUUAAUAUCGAUUAUGGAGGACUACCUGCAUGUUUGAGUGAAAAAUCCAACUCAUAACAUGCUGGGUGUUUUUGCACACUGGCAGCUGAAUUGUUUUGCAAUUCAAGGAAUGUAAUCAAAUGUAAAAAAGAAACUGUGUACUUAUAUUUGGAUAAGAAAUGAUCACUGAGUGCUCUUACAUAUCUAAUGUGCUUAUUGAAUUGAAAGGUAAAAAACAGUAUUUGGAAAUCUCCAACUAAAAUGUGAUAUUUGCUUUUUUUUUUUCCUAAGGUGGCAAUCGUCUACUGUAAGUAAUGGUAAAAUAAAGGAAGUGGAAAGAGCUUUUCAAAUGGACUGCAGAAAAUAGGUGUUGCAAUGUGAUGUUUGAGCUGCAUUAAAGGGAUACGAGCACUGUGAUCAAGAUAGAUUCUUCAAGAAAUUAAAUGAUAAGAGCACAAAGAAAAAAUGUACCACAAUUUUUUUGAGUCGUUUUUUGGAUUUGCUGAUGCAUCGUAUUUCAUGCUGGGAUCUAAAUUGAUGGGUGACGCAGUUGUUAUUCCGAGGCUGUUUUUAAACAAGGUAAUAAAGCUACACGUUUACAGUAAUGAAGAGGACAUAGUAAAUCCUCUCGCUACACAGUGACAGCAUUAAAAUGGGAACAUGAAGGAAGAAUAUGUCAGAAUAUGUCCAAGGCAACAAAAGAUGGCACUUUAACAACCUUUCUUGGUUAGAUUUGAUUUAUUUGCAGCAAGUUACAAAUGGCAAACAAUGCUUCUCAUGGUGUCUACUCCCACAUUCCUGCUCCACUUUAUCAAUCCUCCAUCCUGCCCUGCAUGACGGAUGCAGUGUUUAUACACCCUCCCCUCUGACUUUCCUUUUAAAGCAGGGAUGCAGAAGCAGAAAAUACAUUUAUACCCCGGAGAAAAACUCAAAAAUCACUUUUAUUUUUCUAAAAACAGCCCUGAUGACAUCACCAUCAAUUCACACUGCCUCAUUAAAUCUGUUUACUUCUUCUCAUAGCUCCUGUGAAGUCGUGUUCUGUGUAGAUAUUUGUGUGAAUUUGCACAUGUUGGUCGUUCUCACUCUCAGCAUGAACAUGUGAAACUAAAGAGAUCUAUUUUUCAUCUUGAUUACGUAACACAGAUUUUACUGAAUGUAUUUUUAUGUACGCGUUGUGUAACUUGUUGCUUUGAAUCCUGGCCUUAAAUAUGUUGCACUGUGAUGUAAAGAGCGACCACACCCUCUGUGACAGUAUUUCACAAAGUCUUUUUAUGUGGGUAAAAUGCUAUUUUCAAUAUUGCCUUAUUUAAUUUUUGCCUUUUUAAAACUUGAAAUGCAUUUGUACGCACAUACCUAACACCCGCACAAGAGAACUGUUUCUAAACGGGUUUCUGAUUUUUUCCAUUGAAAGCUUUGCCUUGAAUUCGAUUCAUGUCCGCUGAUGCGAAGGUGUUUGCUUGAUCACUGCAUCCUCUGUGAAUCACUGCUGCAAAGUACCAUUAAUAAAUCAAACUGCCACCGUAGCAACAGCUCUGUUUGUCACAUUUCUUCUGGAGUGCUAGACUUCAUUCACAACACAUGAUAUGUUGACUUUUCAUUCAAACG